AUGACUUCAAUAUCGUUUGGUAACACAAAUUCGGGCCUCCAAGCUGGUAUCGUGAAUGGCACGGUUAAUGCGCAGUUCAAUCUGCCCGCGGAACGACCGGAAACCCCACCGACUCCUCUCUCGACCGUCCCGUUCCGUCGCGACCCAGACUUUGUCAGUCGGGACACACUGCUCGAUCAGAUACAUGAAAAGAUCUCAGCUCCAGGGUCUAGAAUAGCUCUAGUGGGCAUCGGUGGUGUCGGGAAAUCGCAACUUAGUAUCGAAUACUCCUAUCGAGUUCGAUACCAGUCGCCGACAACAUGGGUUUUCUGGGUUCAUGCAAGCAACGCGGCCCGGUUCGAGCAAAGUUUCCGGGAUAUCGCCGACCAGGCCAAAAUUCUCGGGCGUAACGAUCCCACAGUCAACAUCUACCAACUAGUCGAAAGUUGGCUCCGGAGCGGCCAGAGAGGAAAGUGGUUAUUAAUUCUUGAUAAUGUUGAUGAUGAUGGGUUCCUUCGCCAGCCCUCUGCAACAGGUCAGCAGAGUCUGAAGGUUGGCCAAACCAAUGCCUUCACAAAGCCACUAUUGGAAUUUCUCCCCCGAAGCCCGAACGGAUCAAUAAUGAUCACAAGUCGGAGCCAAGAGGUGGCGUUGAGAAUUGUUCAUCACCAGGACGUCAUUAAAGUCGAGCCAAUGGAAAAGCUCGAGGCGAUAGAGCUCCUCCAACGAAAGGUCGGGCUACCAGCAAAAACGCCUGACAUUCUAAAGCUAGUGGAAGAACUAGACUUCAUGCCACUAGCGAUCAUACAGGCGGCCGGCUAUAUCGUACAUCGAGCGCCCCGCUGUUCGGUAUCGCAGUACCUAGAAAUAUUUCGGAAGAGUGAUCGUUCAGCGACAAAGCUUCUUGAUUAUGAGGCAGGUCACCUCUUUCGUGAUUGGGAAGCAAAGAAUUCGAUUCUAGUCACAUGGCAAAUAUCCUUCGAUCAUAUUCGACAUAUAAGACCGUCGGCCACUGAUUUGCUUUCUCUCAUGAGCUUUUUUGACCGACAGGGAGUCUCAGAGAAUCUUCUCCGAUUUCAUGACGAGACACAAAACGACGAUUCGAACUCGCAGGAAAUUGCGAUCGAGUACAAUGACGAAGAUACAGAUAGCACAUCUGAAUCCAACAUAGAUCAUAAUUUCGAGGAUGAUAUAGCUACCCUAAGAGACUUUUCAUUCAUCUCCAUCAACAGGGACAGCACAGUGUUCACGAUGCAUCGGCUAGUGCAGCUGACUGUGCGUAUGUGGUUAAACGCCGAUAGACAGCUAGAGCGAUGGAAGGAGCAAUAUAUCAUGAUCCUGUGGCAAAGGUUUCCGACAGGUGAAUAUGAAAAUUGGGUGCAGUGCCAGUCGCUCUUUCCACAUGUGAAAUCAGCUAUGUCCCAACGACCGGAAUCACACGAGUUUCUAAGAAAAUGGGCUGCGCUGCUUUAUAAGGGGGCUUGGUAUGCACAGAAAAUCGGGCAUAUUAUGGAAUCACGAGAUAUGGCAUCUGAAUCACGGAACCAAAGAUUAUCAAUGUUUGGAUUGGAUAGUGAACAGACUCUCGAAAGCUCUGAAAUGUUAGCAGAAGGUUGCCGGCUUGGGGGACAGUGGGAAGAGGCGGAGCAGCUCUUUGUGCAGGUUAUGGAGACUCGCAAGACGAAGCUCGGGGCCGACCAUCCUUCCACGCUGACGAGUAUGGCCAAUCUGGCGUCGACGUUCUGGAACCAGGGCCGGUGGGAAGAGGCGGAGCAGCUUUUUGUGCAGGUUAUGGAGACUCGCAAGACGAAGCUCGGGGCCGACCAUCCUGACACGCUGACGAGUAUGGCCAAUCUGGCGUCGACGUUCUGGAAACAGGGCCGGUGGGAAGAGGCGGAGCAGCUUGAGGUGCAGGUCAUGGAGACGAGCAAGACGAAGCUCGGGGCCGACCAUCCUGACACGCUGACGAGUAUGGCCAAUCUGGCGUCGACGUUCUGGAAACAGGGCCGGUGGGAAGAGGCGGAGCAGCUUGAGGUGCAGGUCAUGGAGACUCAUAAGACGAAGCUCGGGGCCGACCAUCCUGACACGCUGACGAGUAUGGCCAAUCUGGCGUCGACGUAUAGGAACCAGGGCCGGUGGGAAGAGGCGGACCAGCUUGAGGUGCAGGUUAUGAAGACUCGUAAGACGAAGCUCGGGGCCGACCAUCCUGACACGCUGACGAGUAUGGCCAAUCUGGCGUCGACGUAUAGGAACCAGGGCCGGUGGGAAGAGGCGGAGCAGCUUGAGGUGCAGGUUAUGGAGACGAGCAAGACGAAGCUCGGGGCCGACCAUCCUGACACGCUGACGAGUAUGGCCAAUCUGGCGUCGACGUAUAGGAACCAGGGCCGGUGGGAAGAGGCGGAGCAGCUUGAGGUGCAGGUCAUGGAGACUCACAAGACGAAGCUCGGGGCCGACCAUCCCUCCACGCUGACGAGUAUGGCCAAUCUGGCGUCGACGUUCUGGAAACAGGGCCGGUGGGAAGAGGCGGAGCAGCUUGAGGUGCAGGUCAUGGAGACGAGCAAGACGAAGCUCGGGGCCGACCAUCCUGACACGCUGACGAGUAUGGCCAAUCUGGCGUCGACGUAUAGGAACCAGGGCCGGUGGGAAGAGGCGGAGCAGCUUGAGGUGCAGGUCAUGGAGACGAGCAAGACGAAGCUCGGGGCCGACCAUCCUGACACGCUGACGAGUAUGGCCAAUCUGGCGUCGACGUUCUGGAACCAGGGCCGGUGGGAAGAGGCGGAGCAGCUCGAGGUGCAGGUUAUGGAGACUCACAAGACGAAGCUCGGGGCCGACCAUCCCUCCACGCUGACGAGUAUGGCCAAUCUGGCGUCGACGUAUAGGAACCAGGGCCGGUGGGAAGAGGCGGACCAGCUCUUUGUGCAGGUUAUGGAGACGAGCAAGACGAAGCUCGGGGCCGACCAUCCUGACACGCUGACCAGUAUGGCCAACCUGGCAUCGACAUUUUGGAACCAGGGCCGGUGGGAGGAGGCCGAGCAGCUUGAGGUGCAGGUUAUGGAGACGAGCAAGACGAAGCUCGGGGCCGACCAUCCUUCCACGCUGACGAGUAUGGCCAAUCUGGCGUCGACGUUCUGGAACCAGGGCCGGUGGGAAGAGGCGGAGCAGCUCUUUGUGCAGGUUAUGGAGACUCGCAAGACGAAGCUCGGGGCCGACCAUCCUGACACGCUGACGAGUAUGGCCAAUCUGGCGUCGACGUUCUGGAAACAGGGCCGGUGGGAAGAGGCGGAGCAGCUUGAGGUGCAGGUCAUGGAGACGAGCAAGACGAAGCUCGGGGCCGACCAUCCUGACACGCUGACGAGUAUGGCCAAUCUGGCGUCGACGUAUAGGAACCAGGGCCGGUGGGAAGAGGCGGAGCAGCUUGAGGUGCAGGUCAUGGAGACGAGCAAGACGAAGCUCGGGGCCGACCAUCCUGACACGCUGACGAGUAUGGCCAAUCUGGCGUCGACGUAUAGGAACCAGGGCCGGUGGGAAGAGGCGGAGCAGCUCGAGGUGCAGGUCAUGGAGACUCGCAAGACGAAGCUCGGGGCCGACCAUCCUGACACGCUGACGAGUAUGGCCAAUCUGGCGUCGACGUUCUGGAAACAGGGCCGGUGGGAAGAGGCGGAGCAGCUUGAGGUGCAGGUCAUGGAGACUCAUAAGACGAAGCUCGGGGCCGACCAUCCUGACACGCUGACGAGUAUGGCCAAUCUGGCGUCGACGUUCUGGAACCAGGGCCGGUGGGAAGAGGCGGAGCAGCUUGAGGUGCAGGUUAUGGAGACGAGCAAGACGAAGCUCGGGGCCGACCAUCCUUCUACGCUGACGAGUAUGGCCAAUCUAGCGUCGACGUUCUGGAACCAGGGCCGGUGGGAAGAGGCGGAGCAGCUCGAGGUGCAGGUCAUGGAGACUCGCAAGACGAAGCUCGGGGCCGACCAUCCUGACACGCUGACGAGUAUGGCCAAUCUGGCGUCGACGUUCUGGAAACAGGGCCGGUGGGAAGAGGCGGAGCAGCUUGAGGUGCAGGUCAUGGAGACGAGCAAGACGAAGCUCGGGGCCGACCAUCCUGACACGCUGACGAGUAUGGCCAAUCUGGCGUCGACGUAUAGGAACCAGGGCCGGUGGGAAGAGGCGGAGCAGCUUGAGGUGCAGGUCAUGGAGACUCACAAGACGAAGCUCGGGGCCGACCAUCCUGACACGCUGACGAGUAUGGCCAAUCUGGCGUCGACGUUCUGGAACCAGGGCCGGUGGGAAGAGGCGGAGCAGCUCGAGGUGCAGGUUAUGGAGACGAGCAAGACGAAGCUCGGGGCCGACCAUCCUUCCACGCUGACGAGUAUGGCCAAUCUGGCGUCGACGUAUAGGAACCAGGGCCGGUGGGAAGAGGCGGAGCAGCUUGAGGUGCAGGUUAUGAAGACUCGCAAGACGAAGCUCGGGGCCGACCAUCCCUCCACGCUGACGAGUAUGGCCAAUCUGGCGUCGACGUAUAGGAACCAGGGCCGGUGGGAAGAGGCGGAGCAGCUUGAGGUGCAGGUUAUGGAGACGAGCAAGACGAAGCUCGGGGCCGACCAUCCUGACACACUGAUGAGUAUGGCGAACCUUGCUUAUACCCUUAAGUCAUCAGCUCAAGACAAAGCCGCUUUAAUAUUGAUGGCUGAAUGCGUUCGACUUUGCGACCAAAAACUAGGCCCGGACCAUCCGCAUACUAUGUCUUCCAAAUCCACUUUAACCGCAUGGCGCGGGCAGAGUGACUCCCUAUUUUCCAAGGUCACUAAAGCGUCGACUGAAACCAAAGAGGAUAAUCAAAUCCUAGCCAGUCCCACAACAAUCUCUUCGCGAGCUUCUAAACCUAGCGGAUAU